CAAAACACGCACACACACACACACACACACACACUCUCUCUCUCGCCGCUGAUGAUCCGACUCAUAGUGACCAGAGGAAACCAUUAAACUACAAAAAAAAGAGACAGAAUGACACACUUCUGUCACUGUUCUGCCGCUUGUGUACUGUGAAACUGCAGUGUGACGCUCACCCAUAAAGAGUCUGAUAUCUGUCAGUCAUCUCAAAAGUUACUUAACAGUCAAAAGACUUGCAGCCCAGUUUCUCAUGUUGCUUUUCAUCAUGUAACUGCCUAGGAAAACCUCUCAUUAUUAUUGGGCUGUUGAAAGUCACUGUGGCAUUGGGGGAGUGGUCAUGUGUCGGUCUGCGGGAGAGGGAGAGUGGUAGGGCUCGAAAUCUGACUUAGAAUUAUCUCUAAUACCUGUCUCUCAUUAUAGUGAUGGCGGAGGGAGACUUAAAAGGCACGCCAAAGCAUCAGAGAGGCAGAGAGUGACCAGAAAGCGUGACAGCCCUGAACCCGAAUGAGUGCUUUCAUUUCUUUAAAAACUAUCCCUUUUUUUUCAACGGUUACCGUCGAUUGUGUGUUUAAGAAAGUGAGUAAAACGAUUGACCUUGAGCCUGCUUUUUUGUCUCCUGACUCAUCCAUUGCCCACAAACUAGGAUUCUUUACAGUCAUAUAUUCUAGAUGUUUCUUUUUCUCUCUCGAGUAAAAGACACAAACAUAUGAGCGACAGACCGGUCAGAUCCUUCUCACCUGACAGGAUCGCUGCUGCUGUGCUCUUCCUGUUUUUUUUCCAUAACAAAUCAAAUCUGCAUGGUUUUAUUUGAGCAGUACGAGCAUCAGGUGAAGGUGUACUACUAAAUCUAAUUCCCCAUUCAUGAAAUGUCGUCAUUCGAGAGACAUCAUGAACCCAAAUCUCCCAAAGAUCACUCGUGUAGAGGACCGUGAGCAGUGUGAAUAAUCAUGAGCUGUGUGCCACAACCUUUUAUAACAUUAAAUCUGACCUGAGUGACCCGUAAGACUCACCUUGUCUUUCCUCAAUCUGCUGACCGUUGUUUGCUUGUGCUGGGGAGUGAGGAUGUGUGUGAUAUGCUGCAGCCGGUGAUGAUGUACGAGGCGUCUGGUAUGACGGAAUGUAAGGCGGAGGUCACUCCGUCCACUCGGAAUGGGCACAGCGUGUUCAGCUACACACUAGACAGCCACACGGCCGCCGCCUUCAAAAUCAUGAACGAGUUGCGACUAGAGCGACAGCUUUGUGACGUCACGCUGAGGGUGAAAUAUAAUGAUCUUGAGGCCGUGGACUUUGUGGCUCACAAAGUGGUGUUGGCAUCUUCGUCGCCAGUGUUUCGUGCCAUGUUCACUAAUGGACUGAAGGAGUGCGGGAUGGAGGUAGUGCCCAUCGAGGGAAUUCACCCUAAGGUGAUGGGGCGACUGAUCGAGUUUGCAUACACAGCGAGCAUAUCUGUGGGAGAGAAGUGUGUGAUUCAUGUGAUGAAUGGUGCUGUCAUGUAUCAGAUCGACAGUGUGGUGAAGGCCUGCUGCGAUUUCCUCGUACAACAACUCGACCCGAGUAAUGCCAUUGGCAUUGCAAACUUUGCCGAGCAGAUCAGCUGUACGGAGCUUCAUCAGAAAGCCCGAGAAUACAUCUACAUGAACUUCAGUCAGGUGGCCACACAGGAUGAGUUCUACAACCUGUCUCACUGUCAGCUGGUGACGUUGAUCAGUCGUGACGAGCUGAACGUGCGCUGCGAGUCAGAGGUCUUUCACGCAUGUGUGGACUGGGUUCAGUAUGACCGUGAGAACCGCCGUCCAUUUGUUCAGGCACUGCUGCAGGCAGUCCGCUGUCACUCGCUCACGCCGCAUUUCCUGCAACGGCAGCUGGAGCACUUCGAGUGGGAUGCUCAGAGUAAAGAUUACUUGUCACAGAUCUUCCAGGAUCUGACGCUACACAAGCCGACGAAACUCAUCCCCUGCCGCACGCCCAAAGUCCCUCAGCUCAUCUACACUGCUGGGGGGUACUAUCGUCAGUCGCUCAGCUACCUGGAGGCGUUCAACCCCUGCACAGGUGCGUGGCUGCGGCUGGCAGAUCUGCAGGUGCCUCGCAGCGGUCUGGCAGCUUGCGUGAUCAGUGGGCUGCUGUAUGCAGUUGGCGGGCGCAACAAUGCGCCUGACGGCAACAUGGACUCCAACACGCUGGACUGUUAUAACCCCAUGAACAACUGCUGGCUGCCUUGCGCACCCAUGAGUGUCCCGCGCAACCGCAUCGGUGUAGGCGUGAUCGAUGGCAUGAUCUAUGCUGUGGGCGGGUCACAUGGAUGCGUCCACCACAACAGUGUCGAGAGGUACGACCCAGAGAGAGACUGUUGGCAGUUGGUGGCGCCUAUGUUGACGCGGCGUAUUGGAGUGAGCGUGGCCGUGAUAAAUCGUCUGCUGUACGCGGUGGGCGGGUUUGAUGGGACACACCGGUUAAGUUCAGCUGAAUGUUACAACCCAGAGAGAGAUGAGUGGAGGAGCGUCGCAUCCAUGAACACAGUGCGCAGCGGCGCAGGUGUGUGUGCGCUGGGGAACUACAUCUACGUGAUGGGCGGAUACGAUGGCACGAAUCAGCUGAACACAGUGGAGCUUUAUGACGUUGAAACGGACAGCUGGAGUUUCACAGCGUCCAUGCGACACAGACGGAGUGCGCUUGGAGUCACCACACACCACGGACGCAUCUAUGUGCUGGGUGGUUAUGAUGGAAACACUUUUCUGGACAGUGUGGAGUGUUUUAACCCAGAAACAAAUAUGUGGACUGAGGUGACUAAAAUGACUUCUGGUAGGAGCGGGGUCGGGGUCGCUGUGACCAUGGAGCCAUGCCAAAAUGAUCUCAACCAGUAUCAAAAACAUUAGUGCCCUAAUCUGUCUCGAUUAAUUAAAGAGAAUGUUCACCCAAAAAUGAAUAUUCUCUCAUUUAUCAUUCAUUCAACCUCAUGCCAUCCCAGAUUGAUUUGACUUUCUUUUUUUCUGUAGAACACAAACAAAGAUUUUUAGAAGAGUAUCUCAGCUCUGUAGGUCCAUAUAAUGCAAGUGAAUUGUGACCAGAACUCAGAAGGUCCAAAAAAUGACAAAGGAGGCAUAAAAGUAACCAUAUGACAACAGUGGUUAAAUGCAUAUCUUCUGAAGCAAUAUGAUAAUUGUGGGUGAGAAACACAUCAAUAUUUAAGUCCUUUUUUACUAUCAAUCUCCACCUUUGACCAGCCCCAACCAGUUGGUGGCUGAAGGUGAAAGUCACUUCCACACCAGAAUGUGGAAGUGUAUAUUUACAGUUAAAAUGGACUUGAAUAUGAAUUUGAUUAAUAAACUACACUAAUGAUGUUGCUUCAGAAGAUAUAGAUUUAACCACUGGAGUCUUAUGGAUUACUUUUACAUGUAUACUACCUUUUGGGCCUUCAAAGUUCUGUCACCAUUCACUUGCUUUGUGAGAGCUACCAGAGCUGAAAUAGACUUUUAAAAAUCUUUUUUUUUUGUGUUCUUCAGAAGAAAGUCAUAUACAUCUGGGAUGGAAUGAAGGUAAGUAAAUGAGAGAAUUAGCAUUUUUGGGUGAACUAUCUCUUUAAUGAUCUUUAUCUUUGAGUGUCAUUAGCACACAAUAAAUGUGUUCAGACUUCAGUCACUGUAUAAAUGAAACAGGAUCUUCAGGGGAGCUCGAAAUGUCACGAAUUGAGUAUCAAAUUAAAAAUGGGCUUUGAGUUUUUCUUCACACGAGUCAUUUCUUCAAUUGCCAAUGUCUUAGUCAAGCAGAGAACCCUCAGUGUGAAGAUGAAUCACAGCAGAACUUACAGAAGAGAAGUCACACAUUCACAUUUGCAUGGAUGUCCAGCUCUGUGUUUAAUAAAGUGCCAUGACCCCCCGCAUUAGUAUCUGCUCACCUCAGAUGGUGCAGUGUCAGUGUGCCAUCAACACAAUUCUGUCAUGUAUAUCUGAACCCAAAAGACCCGAAUCUCAGAUAAUAAAGUUUAAAAUCACAUUUGACUGAGGUCAAGCUGUUUGCCUAAAAACACCCCAAACAUUUUGUAUUCAAUUUUUUUUUACAUCAAAAUUUUGAAGUCAGUAUCUUUCACAGAAAUGCGCUGAAGAUCAACUGCUUUAGAAAUGUACAAACCUACAAGAAGGAAAAAAAAGUUGAAGCAAUUCCAGAUUUCUCAACUUGUAUUCCAGCCUACAGAUGCAUUUGAUGCAACAAAUGUAGCUGUUGCUCAAAUUAAAGAAUUUUCACCACCUGUGUUUGUAAAACAAAUUUAAGCAGCUUUUUUCAGGGAGUUUUGUACAUUGGUGUUGCAUGAAGUCUUGUACAUUGUUUUUAUUUUAUUUAUUUGAAAUAUGUUUUGAGAGACUUUUGAUCUUGGUCGAUUAGCUCAUGUUAAAACUCGAUGGAGUGAACUUGUGUUCGUCUUUACAAAUCAAGCUUUUUGUUUAAACAGAUAGUCAUCAUUGAUCACUGAAGAAUAAAGGGUUGUUUAAAUUCUGCUUUAUAAAUUUUACAACAACCAGUACACUGUAAAAUAUUGUAUUAAAAGCUGACGUUUCUUGUGGUUUGUCUUGAUUUGUGAGUCUCGUGCACCGUCAUGAAUGAGCCGCUCGGUGGCGACAAAACUCAAAAUAUUAGAGACGCAAGCCGAGAAUUUGCCUGUAUUAAUGCGCAAACAAGAUAAAUCACGAUAUCUGCUUGUUAAAUAUAUAUAAACGUUUGAAAUAGAUCUUAAUAAAAAAGUUAUAUUGAAGUUUUGAUUUUGACUUAAUACUGAAGAUCCUCUUUAGUUCAAACAAUGGGGAGUCCUAACACCUUCGGUGUUUAAACAAAGGUAUAUACUGAAAGGUUUUUGUAGAACCGAUGGAUGUAAUUUUAUAGAUGUAUGUGGGUCAUUCUACAGAAUUGGUUCAGAGUUGGAAACAUCUUUUUCCACAAAUAUUUUAUGUAUGCAAAUUGUAUAAUAUCCAAGGUACACAUUUCUAGUAAUUGUGCAGUUAAUUCUCAUAUUGUAUUUUCAGAAAGUUUUGGAAUAUUUUUUCCUCUCCCCAAAUGUGUAACUACCAAAGCACAAUAAUAUAUAAUUUAAUAAGAAGUGGUAUAUUGACCUAUUAAGAUUUUGUUUACAUAUACCUUGUAAAUAUAUAUUUUUGCUAUUUUAUUAAAGUUUUCACAGGUAAAUCAAUAACAAUUACAAUUUUAGCAAUAUUUCAAGUGUAAUUU